AUGAUACUUCUUGUAAUACUCGAAGAUGUUCUGGCUGGCAAAUUGCAUCUGCAAGCAGUGUACGAGAACGGGUAUUUCAUUGAUGUGCAACCAGUUCGUGCAGUUGCUUCUUCGGCCGAUAAUUAUGCUCGUUUUGGGAGUGGAAUCAAUCCAGCAUCCGAAAGGAAUGCGGAUGAAAUCAUCAACGAUCGUAAUCGAUUCAGUGUAUUCACAGACAACGAUAAACUAAUUAGAGCAUCCAGUCGUAACGGUCCCGUCAAAAUCAUCAAUGAUUCACCACUGACUAUCAGCGCGAGUGCACCUGGUCUCGAUCCGCAACUCUUCCUUACGUCAGAUCGUUUCACAAAAGCACACUGUGCUAAAUAUUUUCGAAGCGGCAGAGGCUAUCCAAAUGCCGCUAGAGAAGACGUGGGUGCCUAG